GUGGAUGUGGGACUAAUGUUAGUCUGUCAAGAAGCUCUUUAACAGUAGUUUGUCCUUAGAAGUGCGCCUCGUAUUUACGAAAAAAACAACAGAACUAUCAAUUAAAUUUUUGAUAUGCAUUAACAGAAAAAAAUACUCUAUAGAAGAUUUGAUUUGGUAAUCUGGAUAACAUGUAAGUGUAAUUGCAAAUUAACAUCGGCUUUAUUGCCUAAGAUAUAAUUCAGAGAAAAUUACAAAAGUACGAAAUUUAUUGCAAGAAAUUAAUUUUGGCAUGUGUAAUUACUGAAUGAAAAUCGUCCACUACAAUUCUGCAAAAUUUAAGACGCCACUGGUAUGAUUCAUGUGUGGAAGCUUAAGGACACAUAAUACAUUAAAGUGUCAUCAGCAAUACAGAUGAUAUGCCAGGUUGGUUUGUUAAAUUUAAAGUCUAUCGAUAUCAUGAAUCCCUCGCUUCAAUUGCAAACCAGGAGCCAUGAAUAAGCCCUAAAACAGAUAUUAAACUGACUGUAUACAUCAAGCAUUUUCUAUAGUGCUUACAGUAAACUUAUGGAUUAUGGGAGGUCUAGCCUAUGUCCCAAAUGAUGCUACUAAAAUAGCAUUUGAUGCUUUCUAUAUUUUGAAAAUGAUCUGUGAUGAUAACUGCUGCACAUCGAGCAAAAACGUAACAAUUUGCUUCAAGGACUACAACUUCACAGACACGACUAACAUAACUUACAUUGAGAGCUGGGAACUAGGAGUAAGAUGGACGUACGCCAUCUUAGUGAUGCUGGUGGCAUUACUAGGCAACCUAAGCAUCAUUAUUAUCCUCCUGAAGAACCGUCUGCUGCUUCGAACCUCCGUCAAUCACUUUAUCUUGAACAUGUCCAUCGCAGACCUCAUUUCAUCCAUUGCCGGACCUAUACCAUUCACCAUACGGGAUACUAGUUUCUUCUGGCCUCUGGGCGGUGUCUGGUGUCAUCUGGAGGGCUACAUACAGAUGUUAGUGAUGUUGGUGAGUGUGACGUCCCUAGCCACCAUAAGCUUCGACCGUAUGGUGGGUGUGGUGUCACCCUUCCACCAGCACCUCAAGCGUCGACACUCCCUGGCCAUCAUCGUCAUCAUCUGGGUGGUGUCAGCCAUGCUCUCUGUUCCCUUCGGCCUCUACCGGGUUUACACGGUACGCGAGUGGAAAGAUCUGACGGAGAGAACUUGUGGAGAAGAAGAUGAUAAAAUUCGUGUAUGGUGGGUGGUGAGCAUCACUGGCCUAACUUGGCUUCCUCUAGUCAUCAUGGUCGUCUCUUAUACCACAAUAUUCGUCUCUUUCAAACGAACAAACUUUAGGAGAACUUUUAAUAAAAGAGAACAUCCAGCCAUUGUGCACCUGAAGCAGCGGGUGGUGAGAAUGAUGUUUGUGGUGGUGCUUGUCUUCAGUGCUUGUUGGCUGCCCUUCCAGAUCCUCAUGUUAACGAAGAAAAAUUUUAUUGAUAGCGAGGGUCACCUCAAGAACCCUGCUGCUAAAGAGACGUACGGCAUCUUGCUGACAGUGUCAGAGUACAUGAUCUACACCAACCCUGCCAUCAACCCCAUCGUGUACGCUCUCAUGCACCAGACUUUCAGGAGAGCGUUCCGUGUCACCUUCUCCUGCUUCUUCAAUAACAAGUCCUCGCUGGUGCUGACACCUGGCCAAGGGAUGAAUAGAUAUGUGUGGUCUAUCAAAUCCUCGUCCACUCUUUACGGUAACGACCUGCUCACUAGCCCACCACGAAAUUUGAGAGACCGAAUCCAAGGGAGAAACCAAGUGACGUCUUCAGCUGUAGUAUCAACUUCAGCAGUAGCAACUUCGAUUGCCCUGGAUAUCAAGUCAAGAAAGCAAAGGAGACGGAGCUUUUCUGAAGAUUCAGGAACACGUAACAGAUGCGACAUUGGCAAUGGAAGAACAAUGCUCCCCUUAUCUUAUGCCAACGAGGGAUAUGUCAUGGACCUGCAGCCCAGGAGACAGUCCUUCGUGAGCACGGGUGCUUUAGGGCACCUCAUUACACAAGUUAUAGUAGAAGAAACAUCCAGUGAUGUAGAAAACGAGCGUGUAUUAUGAAGUCGCACUGAGGAGGUAUUGAAAGUUCCAAAAGAAUUAAAACUUUUCUGAUGAGUACAUCUCUGUUGAUGUGUGUACAUUGAGAGCAACAGAAAAGUCACAUGUGGAGAAGUAAAUAUCUUUUAUCCUAAUUAGCCCAUAUCUGGGAUUAAAAUAUUCUAGAUUGAUGGUGAAUAAGUAACAUACAGCCUUGGUGACCCUCGUGUGUCUAUAGGCUUUAAGCCAAAUUUAACCAUCCUAAAACUGAUUAUAUACUUUGAAAGGUGUAUAUUUUUUUUCAAUGUGUACGCCGAGAGCUUGUUUUAAUCUCUAUUUUAGGGAUUAAAAUAUUUUUGACUAGUGGUGAAAGGCAAUAUGCAGCCUUAAUGACCCUUCCUUCUUAUAGCAGAUGGACUUUAUGCCCAUGUAACCAACCAACAAAAGUCAAAAGCGAAGUGGCUUAAGGGGACACAAAUUAUAUUACAUUAUAUAUAUUGAACGGUGCUGAAAGUUAUAUCACUUGGGAGAACACACACUUGGUGGUCAAGAAACCAUGUAUUGUAUGGUGAAUUAUUCCUCUGUGAGGAACGCUCUAUACAGUGCUUGUUUUUUAAUAAAAAAAAAGUGGCCUUGGAAUGAUCAAGGCCCAUUUCUUUCGAAAAAUUAACCCUAAGAAGUUUUAUAAAUCAUUUAAGGUGUUCUUACUUUCAAGGUUAAUGAAGAGGCACGUGAAACCUUUGAGGUUACUUAACUGUGGUCAGUUAAAUGAAACAGCUAAUAUACCUGAGUGUAGGUUUGUCUCCUCACUACUUUCCGGUAUCUGGUCUUAAAUAGUUUGGUGAUACCGACAAACUGCGGUAUACCUUAUGCUGGUCAAAAUCUUGCAUAUCGACAACAGAUGGUUAUUGCAAAGUGUUCCGUGUUUGUGUAUGCAGCUCUGUAUUUUUAGAUGUACAAAUACUUGAAUUUAUUAAAAUACAUUGUAAAUAUGUAUUUGACUGACUAUUUUUAUUUACAUUGUGAUUGUUUGACUGUAACUUUAUUUUAUUUAAGGACUAAAUUAUAUUUUGUACAGAUCUUAUUGUAAAUCUACCUUUGUGUGGGUUAUGCCCGUAGUGUAACGAAAGUUAUGUAAUGUAUUAUUGUUUAAGCUGAAUUCUUAUUAGAUGGCUUCUCGACAUCUGGAUUUUUCUUAGCGCUGACAACGCUCGUAGUCUCCGAGAAUUGACAUUGAACUGAGCUCUUCAACAGUUCAUGAUCCAAAGCAUUGAGCUGCCGUCUCCUUCCUCGAAUUGAAAAUAAUAAUAAUGAUAUUUAAUAAAACUUAUAAUCAUACUGAA